AUGAUGGGGAUCGACCAUGUGGUGGUGGAUGUGUUGGAGGCGCCGGAGGCUACUGCCGACGGACAGGAUUGCCACUCAGCGUCGUCGGACGAUUGGCGGCGCGCGUUGGCGCGGGUGGUGCCGGCGGUGGUGGUGCUGCGCGUGACGGCUGUGCGCGACUUUGACACCGAGGUUACCAACUCCUCGCACGCCACUGGCUUCGUUGUCGACCGCCGCCGCGGCAUCAUCCUCACCAACCGCCACUUCGUCAAACCCGUGGUGGCGGAGGCGAUGUUUGUGAACCGCGAGGAGGUGCCCGUGCACGCGGUGUACCGCGAACCCGUGCACGACUUCGGCUUUUUUCACUUCGACCCCGCCGCCGUGCGCUUCCUCGAUUACCACGCCGUCCUGCUCGCGCCCGAAGCCGCCGCCGUGGGGCUCGAGAUCCGCGUUGUGGGUAACGACAGCGGCGAGAAGGUGUCCAUUCUCGCCGGGACCAUCGCGCGCUUGGACCGCGACGCGCCCGUGUACGGCGCGCUCGCGUAUAACGACUUUAAUAUGUUCUACCUGCAAGCCGCGUCGGGGAAAAAGGGCGGGUCGAGCGGGUCGCCCGUGAUCGACUCGCGCGGGCGCGCAGUGGCGCUGAAUGCGGGCAGCAAGUCUUUGAGCGCGAGCGCGUUUUACCUCCCGCUCAACCGCGUGGUGCGCGCGCUGAGCGCCGUGCAGGCGUGCUUCAAGGAGAAGGAGGGCGGCGGGUUCGUCGCGCACAGGUGGUGCCCGCCCGCCAUCACUCGCGGCACCCUGCAGGUGACGUUCCGCCACAAGGGGUUUGAGGAGACGCGCCGGCUGGGGCUGCGCGACAAGACGGAGGCGGAGGUGAGGCAUGGCACACUGGAGGUCGGGGACGUCUUCGUGCGCGUCAACGGCAAGGUGCUCACGCAGUUCCUAGCAUUGGAGACCAUUCUGGACGACACAGUGGGCAGCACCGUGACGCUGGACGCGGAGCGCGGAGGCACGCCACUCUCCCUCACUCUCUCCGUGAACGACCUGCACGCCAUCACGCCCCACCGCUUCCUUGAGCUCUCAGGCGGCGUGCUGCACGUGCUCUCCUACCAGCAGGCGCGCAACUUCCGCUUCCCCUGCGGCCUCGUCUACGUCACAGAGCCUGGCUACAUGCUGUCGCGCGCGGGCGUGCUGCAUUACGAGAUCAUUCAGAAGCUUAACCAGGACGUGCCGGAUUUAGACGCCUUCAUUCGCGUGUUUGUGCGCCUGCAGGCGGGGGCACGUGUGCCGAUACAGUAUGUGACGGUGGACGAGAGGCACCAGCCGAAGCAGGCCCUGCCUCACUUUACCUCUCCUCAACGCUUUCCAUCCCCCCCUCUUCCCUCAUCUCUCCCCUCCGUAUUCCUCCCCUCCCAACACCCCGUCCCCCUCUCCUUCCUCCCCAUCCAUCCUCGCCACCCCGUCCCUCGUCAUUUCUCUCCUCUCCACCACCCCUCCCUGCCCCGCUUCUGCAGGUGCACGUGCCAUUGGCAGGGGAAGCACUUCUACAGCACUGCAAUUGUGGUGCACCACACGCCACACCUGGGGCUCAUUGCCGUGGAUCGCAACACCGUAGCCGCCUCCGUCGCAGACAUCAUGAUCUCCUUCUGCGCCUACCCCGUUGAGGUCUCCGCCCAGGUGGUGUUCCUGCACCCCAUGCACAACAUUGCCUUUGUGGCCUACGACCCGGCAGCGCUGGGCGCAGCAGCAGCGGCGGCUGUACAGCCCGCCGCACUCAAGCCCACCCCUGCGCUGCGCCGGGGGGGCCGUGUGCACCUCGUGGCACUCAGUGGGGAGAACCAGGCUGUCAUGUCGCGCAAGUCAGUUGUCACCAACCCCACCGCCACGCUCACUGUCGGCACGUCGGACUGCCCGCGAUACUGUGCCGUCAACAUGGAUGUCGUGGAGCUUGACACGGUCUUCGGCCGGGCCUUCCCAGGCGUGCUGGCAGACGAAUCAGGCGCUGUGAGAGCGCUCUGGAGCUCCUUCUCCUCCACCCGAUUGGAUGGCGAAACUACGGAAUUUACACGUGGUGUGCCCAUCGCCUUCAUCUCCUCCCUCCUCAACCGCAUCCUCCAAGCACCCCCCUCCGCGCCCCUCCGGCCCCACCCGCCCACCACUCCCACCCUCCCUGCCGUGCCGCACGUCGAAAGCAACGGGCAUGCAAAAGAAGCAGGCGAGGGGAGAAGGAAGGCAGGGGCGGAGGAGCUGUGGGAGAUGCCGCAGGUGCGAGUGCUAGAGGCGAAGCUGGUCCCCAUGCUGCUCUCCAAAGCCAGGAGCUAUGGCCUCUCAGACCGCUGGGUGCAUGUGCUGGCUCGUGCUGACCCCGUGCGGCGCCAGGUGCUGCGUGUGAAGGGGACGCUAGCAGGGUCCGCUGUGGCAGGCGCGCUGCAGCAGGAUGAUAUGCUGCUCGCUGUGGAUGGCCGCCCCGUCACGUGCUUUGCUGAUGUGGAAGCGGCCUGCUGUGAGCUGGAUACAGGCGCAGUGUUUAAGCACUUCAAGCUCAUCAAGCAGGAGGAGGGCAAGGCACAGCAGUACGAGUGCAAUAACUGCCCCCUUGUCUUCUCUGGUGCCGCCAUUUGUUGCGCUCAACACCUAACGUCAUGGAAGAACAUGAAGCGCCGGGAGGUGACACUUUGCAAGAACGCCCCGGCUGAUGUUCGCCUCGCGAUGAAGUCCAAGUACGAGAAGCAGGCCGCAGAUGCUGAGGAGAGGCAGGGAUCGACUGAGGCUGCGAUUGCCUCGGUGAAACCAGGUGGAAAGCACUCCCGCAUAACCGACUAUCUCGACGGCGACGCUGCAGCGGCAAAACGUGAAGCACAUCAGUCGCUUGCGCUGAUGUCUGCGGGAUGUCACAUCUUGGAGCAGAUCGUCGACCAUCCUCUCUUCAUCAAUGCCAUCAAAGACGUCUCCCACGCCAGCUUCGGCUAUGUUCCACCAGGCCGGAAGUACAUCGGCGGUAGCGGUUUGCAAACAUGCCGCCGUGGCAUCGAAAGCGGGUUGGUGGGCAUCAAAGCAAGCUGGAAAAAGGUUGGAGUAACCGUCGUGUUCGACAUGAUGACGGACAGAAACGGGAGGCCGCAGGUGAAUGUCUUCCUCGUUAACGACGCGGGCGUAGUGAUGCAUGUGUGCGUAGAAUGCAACAUGGAGAAGAAGAUAGGGGGUAUAUUGCGGGGUUACUAA